UUUCUAGAAUUCUGUAGCUGCAUCUGGCUAGUAGUUGCUGGGGAGCUCCUCCCGUUUGUUCUGGGAAGAGAAAAUCAUUUAUUUUAUAGAUUCCACACAGCCUCGUAUUCCUAAGUAGUGCCGCGCGUUUGGGUGUUUUGCUGCCCAUUGCAUUUCCACGUUAGACUUGUUUAACGCUUCCUUUUAUCCGACUUAGAGGAGGCUAACUUGGUUAGCUUCGAGUUGUUUCUGGCAGGAUGUCCAGGAUAGACUACAGCGUGUGGGACCACAUUGAGGUCUCAGAUGAUGAAGAUGAUACUCACCCAAACAUUGACACACCGAGCCUCUUCAGAUGGAGACACGAGGCUCGUGUGAACAGGAUGGAGGAGUUUCAGAAGAAAGGAGAAGAUAUCAACAAGAGUCUGAACGACUGUCGGCGCAGGCUGGCAGAGACACAGAAGAAACUCCAGCAGCUGAGCGUUGCCUCAUCAGAUGAUGCCAAAGCAGAGCUGAGCAAAGUCCAGGCUGAGGAAAAGAAAUUAAAGAAAGAGGAAAGAGACUGGUCGAAGAAGAUGGAGGAGCAUCGGAGGGAGGAGAAGAAGAUGCCCUGGAACGUUGAUACGCUCAGCAAAGAGGGUUUUAGCAAGAGCAUCGUCAAUGUCAAACCUGAGGCAGGGGAAGAGACUGAAGAGGAGAAGGAGCAAAAACAUAAAACCUUUGUGGAGAAGUACGAGAAGCAGAUCAAACAUUUCGGCAUGUUGCGGCGCUGGGAUGACAGCCAGAAAUACCUCUCUGACAACCCGCAUCUUGUAUGUGAAGAAACUGCUAAUUACCUUGUCAUCAUGUGCAUUGACCUUGAAGUGGAAGAGAAACAUGCAUUGAUGGAGCAAGUGGCUCAUCAGACUAUAGUGAUGCAGUUCAUACUUGAGUUGGCAAAAAGCCUGAAAGUGGACCCCCGUGGCUGCUUCCGCCAGUUCUUUGCUAAGAUUAAGACAGCCGAUCAGCAAUACCAGGAGGCUUUCAACGCUGAGCUCGAUGCCUUCAAGGAGCGAGUUAGAGGAAGGGCAAAGAUCCGCAUAGAGAAGGCCAUGAAGGAACUGGAAGAGGAAGAACGACAGAAGCGUCUGGGUCCUGGUGGGCUUGAUCCUGUCGAAGUCUAUGAAUCUCUACCACCUGAAAUGCAGAAAUGCUUCGAUGAAAAAGACAUCCAAAUGUUGCAGGAUGUCAUUACCAAAAUGGACCCAACGGAGGCAAAACUUCACAUGAAGAGAUGCAUCGACUCCGGGCUGUGGGUCCCUAAUGCCAAGGCAGAAGGAGAGGGUAAAGAUGAGGAACCCACCUAUGAAGAAGUGAAACAAGUGCAGGAAGAAACAAAGCAGGAGUGACAAGUCUAACCCAAAUGAUUCAUUGCACCCACUGUAUUGCAGCUCCAUUGUGUGUACAUUUAGGUUGCAAAAUAAAUAAAUUAACUUCUCUUAAUAUGUUUUGCUGAGAUCUUGGAGAGGAAUGUUCAGUUCCAACACAAUUUGGAGGCAUCAGGAACCCUGCUUGGACAUUAAAGCUGCUCAAUGUGCUAAAAACUCAUCACUGAAGCUGUUUAUACACUUGGAUUAGGUGUCUGCUUUCUUUGUGCUGGUGUUUCACACUUUUCAGGUUGUUUUUUUUUUAAAUGCUAGUUUUCUACUAACUUCUUGAGCUUAAAGUUGUAUUACGUCCACUCUUCUAAGACUGUCAGUCUAUGCUUUCUAAGUUGAUCGUAAAUUUAAAAGGACAGAAGCCUUCUAAUAGUGUAAGGGUAAAAGACUUUUCCUCAAGUUAGAAUGACAGCCUGUGUUUUUGUAAACUUAAAUUCCACAUUUCCUUAUUCCUCUUACAUAUUGUAGCCAAAAACUUCAUGUCUGCUUCUCAAGGUUUGUUCUUCACCAACCAUAUGUUGAAAGGCUUGAGUGAGUGUUCAUUUAGUCCAAAGACCUAUUAACGUGCUUAAUCAAAUCAUGUGGCACUGUGAAUGGAUUCUCAACUUUAACUCAUGCUUUUAUUUUGACAACUGAUCUUCCCUGACAUUUGCAUGUUGUACCCCAUGUUUUGGAAUACACUUAUGUUUAUGAUGGCUUCAUUUUACUCUGAAGUUCUUAAUUAAAAGGAAUCCCUGU